GCCGGAAAUGAAUGAGCACUUCCGGCGGCCGUCUGCGCGGCGCUGACAUCUCAGUGGUGGCUUCGGUUGUGCUGGUGGGACCGCUCUCUUCGUUCUGUCAUGAAGGACGUAGCAGGCUUCCUACAGCAGAGCCAGAGCUCCGGGCCCGGCCAGGCUGCCGUGUGGCACCGUCUGGAGGAGCUCUACACGAAGAAGUUGUGGCAUCAGCUGACACUUCAGGUGCUUGAUUUUGUUCAGGACCCGUGCUUUGCCCAAGGAGAUGGUCUUAUUAAGCUUUACGAAAACUUCAUCAGUGAAUUUGAACACAGGGUGAACCCUUUGUCCCUGGUAGAAAUCAUCCUUCACGUAGUUAGACAGAUGACUGAUCCUAAUGUGGCUCUUACUUUUCUGGAAAAGACUCGUGAGAAGGUGAAAAGUAGCGACGAGGCAGUGAUCCUAUGUAAAACAGCAAUUGGAGCGCUAAAAUUAAACAUCGGGGACCUGCAGGUUACAAAGGAAACAAUUGAAGAUGUUGAAGAAAUGCUAACCAACCUUCCCGGUGUGACAUCGGUUCACAGUCGGUUCUACGAUCUCUCCAGUAAAUACUAUCAGACUGUUGGAGACCAUGCGUCCUACUACAAAGAUGCUCUGCGGUUUCUUGGCUGUAUUGACAUUAAAGAUCUUCCAGCGUCUGAGCAGCAGGAGAGAGCGUUCACGCUGGGACUAGCAGGACUUCUUGGUGAAGGAGUUUUUAACUUUGGAGAACUUCUCAUGCACCCUGUGCUGGAGUCUCUGAGGAGCACUGACCGGCAGUGGCUCGUCGACACCCUCUAUGCCUUUAACAGUGGUGAUGUGGAGAAAUUCCAGGCCCUGAAGGCUGCCUGGGGCCAGCAGCCUGAUUUAGCUGCCAAUGAAGCCCAGCUUCUGAGGAAGAUUCAGUUGUUGUGCCUCAUGGAGAUGACUUUCACACGACCUGCCAACCAUAGACAACUUACUUUUGAAGAAAUUGCCAAAAGCGCUCAGAUCACUGUGAAUGAGGUGGAGCUGCUGGUGAUGAAGGCGCUGUCCGUGGGGCUGGUGAGAGGCAGCAUCGAUGAAGUGGACAGGCGGGUGCACAUGACCUGGGCACAGCCCCGUGUGCUGGAUUUGCAGCAGAUCCAGGGCAUGAAGAGCCGCCUGGAGUUCUGGUGCACAGACGUGAAGAGCAUGGAGAUGCUGGUGGAGCACCAGGCCCACGACAUCCUCACCUAGUACGUGCCGAGCCACCUCUGCCCGGAGAAGCCUUCCUGUGCUUAGUGGUGCUGGCAGCUGAUUCUUCUGCAUGUAAUUGGGUGGGGGGUUGGGGUCCUGUGGAGAAGUCACUGUUCUUGCCAUAAGAGCAGAGGAUCCUCCCUGAUGGGGGCCGUGCCACAGGAGAAGGCUCUUUUAUGGGUCUCCCUUGGCUUGCAGUGGAGCAGGGGUCACCAGCUCUCAGUGGGGGGAGGGGGGAGGCAAGUGUGCACAGACACCGAGAAAUGGAAGGAGGUGCCUCAAGUUCUCCAGAGAGCACUGAACCCAUGUCUGUCUGCAACCAUACAUAUGAAUGGCUUCCCAGCGUGGUUUAAGAACGUUCCCAUAAUAAAUGUAUUUGUUUGGUC